AUGUCUGAUACAUCUGACUCAUUCGGAUAUCGUUUCGCUAAUACUAACACUUGGGCUCCGCAUAAUGAGACCUUCACAUUAUUGAGAAAUUUCUGGAAUAUUUUCUGGAUAAGAGUUGAAGGAAAACAGUACAAACCUUCAACACAUUGUACAAGUUACUUCCAGUUGUUGUGUCUCCAUAUCCAAGUGAUGGAUCAGAAUUUUUCCGUCUUUCUUCUCCUAGUGCUCCCAUCCGUCGUCGUGUUGACUCAAUUUGGCUCGGGCGAAGAGCCGACCACUCAGGAAAUUGUCCCUGUCGACUACAGUACCCCCGAAGACCCGGUGGACGAUACGGAGCCGCCCGUCGUCGACAGUAUCCCGAAAGUGGAGGAGGAGUCUGUAGUGGUGGCCGAGGAAUUUCCAGACACUGAGAAACUCUUCGGAAUACCGAAUAACUUGUGGAGAUGUGGAAGCGGAGAUUUUGUGACGAAAUCGGUCAUAGGCCAUAUCAACAAUACGUGCCCAUUGGCUGCAGCCGAAUUCAACCACUGCUGUGCGGUUCACGACGAUUGCUACGAUGGUCAACGUGGACAGAAACAUUGUGACAGACAGUUUUGCGAGUGUUUAGAGUACCACGUGGCAACCGAUCCGAAUGCGGCGAAUUGUGGAAAAUUCACGAAGAUGGUGUGUCCACUUCUUUCCACAUACGGACGUUUCGCCUAUGAUGACAGCCGGGAUGCCAAAAACUCGUCAGUCACUGAAUCACCGGUGCCGGCGGAGUCGUUGAAGGUUCCCACGCAAAUUCCACACCUCUCCGAGCCAUAUGUUGGGAUAUAUGCACGUUGUGAUGAGCAACAUGCGACGAUUGCCUCGUGUGCCCUGAACAAUGACUUGUGCUACCGUACCCCUCGUGCCGAACCGAAAGAGCAAUGCACCGUUCAUCUGAUUCGAUGUCUCGACGACACUCGAUUCAACAGGAAACCGAGUAAAACGUGUGAUCUCGCCAUCGAUGAGUACUUGUGGAAACUGAUUCGAUUCGGAGGAGGAAGUGAAGACACCAAGGAGAUGGAGACACUUCAGGAGAAUGAAAAGAAAGAGCAGAUGAAUGUGCUCAUGAUGCAAGAGAUUCUCACCAAUAAGACACUUGUUCGCAAUAUUUAUCUCCAAAUCGUGCGCCACUCGUCGUCUCUCGGUUGGCUCUCCUGUUUGACGUUCCUCUUCUGCGUCUUCUCGUGCUGUGGAAUUGUGAUCUACGCAUUCAGUCGUUGUGGAGAAGAAGAAGACAUCAGAAGACACGAUGAGGUCAUCAAUGUGCACGUGGCGUCUUCUGCUUCAGAAGCGCCGUCCUCGUCGACGAUGUCAUCGAUGAAGUCGUCUUCGUCGACAAGAAAGUGA